UUAGCAUCAUUCACCGUCCCAUGCUCAAGAUCCAGCAUACCGUUGUUACCGCGCACAAAGGCAUCUCCAUAAUUCCUUCUCAUCUUGCCGUCGACAAUCUCUUUUGUUUGUUCGAGGGCGAUGUUCAUGUAUCCAUCGACUGAUUGCAGUUCACCUGUUCCAACACCGCAUCAGUGUUCAUGUCCUCUCUCUCUCUCUCUCUCUCUCUCUCUCUCUUCCGGAUCUCCAUGUCUUCUUGCGGAUAGGCGCAACACACCUCUGUAAACGACUCCAGAGUUCAACUUGACAGUGACGGGUGCGCCGAUGAUUUGACUCAAGAAACCAGAGGGGUCGCGGGCUUCGUUGACGGAGGAUGCGUUUGCGCCAUUGGCGGCGUUGUCUGGUGAUGCGCUCAUUGUGUUGUGUGUUAUGAUCUCUUGUAUCGUGUAGGUAGAUGCGCGUAACGAUAUCUCGUCCAGUCGUUGGCGUUCGUGAUAACAGUCUAAUCGUCGCGAAUGUCUGUCUGUUUAAUUGUUUGAUGAUGCGCAACCACUCAGCUUCACACCUUCACAAUCGAUGUCGAGUUCUUGGCGUCGAGCGAGCAAAGAGGGCACGGACUCUCGAGCUUGCGGCUCGGUCCGUUGUUCCGAACGAGGCGUUCCCAAACCCUCGGACGCGAAACUCAACUUGCUUCCCAGCCCGUCUGACAAUCCUCAUGUCCGCCGUUCUCGUGUUACAGAUUCAAUGCUGGACUCAUGGUUUCUUUGUGUUCCUUGUCGUCGGUGACGCGUUCGCUUGUUUCUUGAUUCCGAUACGUCUGAUCGCUCUUUUUUGUCUUUCGUUUUCCUCCUGCUCGCUUGCUGCUUGCAAGCAUUGUGCCAAUCGUCAUCUGUCAAGGUUUGGGAGUUGGGAAGGAUUGGUGUGUUCAUACUUGUACCUUUCAUGUGCUUCAUCAUCAACUCCGAUACCAAACGUCGCAUGCAUUCACCGCCACAUGUCAAGCCCGCAAUACCGGUCUUAUGGGUUGAGUAACCGUGCUAGUAUCGUUGGCUAUCCUUGGAUCUUCUCUCACCCAGUUAUCGGGCACACAUGCACAGCACAUCAACUAUUGUGGGAACUGCAUCACCGUUGCAAUCUUCGAUCCGCCAUAGGUCAUGAGUUCAUCAGCAUUCUUAUCUGUAUCUAGGGAAAGGGUAUAAACAAUUAGGUGACCGUUGCCAGUGCUCCAAAAUCCACCGUCCUACGCCUUUUUUCCCAACUCUUUGAUCAA